AUGCGGCGGAACGUGGAGGUGAAGGCGCGGCUGAGGGCACGGGAGGAAGCGCUCGGGGCGGCCCUCAGGCUACAGGGACUGCCCCAGGUGUGCCCCGGGGCAGGGCAGGGCUCAGGUGAGGGGCAGGGCCUGCCCCAGGUAUGCCCCGGGGCAGGGCAGGUGCUGCUCCAGACCGACACUUUCUUCCGAGUGCCGCGGGGGCGGCUCAAGCUGCGCAGGACAAAGGACGGUUGUGGGGAGUUGAUUUUCUACGAGCGCCCUGACAACGCUGGCCCCAAACUCUCCAGUUUCAGCAUCACUCCCACGGCCGACCCCGAGGGGCUGCAGGCGGUGCUGGCCCUCGCCCUGGGCGUGCUGGGCACGGUGCAGAAGGAGCGGCUCCUGUUCCUGCUGGGCCAGACCCGGCUCCACCUGGACCGGGUGCAGGGCCUUGGGGAUUUCCUGGAGCUGGAGGUGGUGCUGCGGCCGGAGCAGAGCGUGGAGGACGGGCAGCGCCUGGCAAGGGAGCUCCUACGGGAAUUUGGGAUCGAGGAGCGGGAUUUGAUCUCCGGGGCCUACCUGGAUCUGCUGCUGGCACAGGGCCAGGAGGGGGACAACGGGGACAACACCUCCUGCCCCACCCCCCACCCAGAAACCCCAUAG